AUGUCAUCUACACAAUAUAGACGUAUAGUCAACCAGUGUGAUACUGGAAAUGCAAACAAUGUUGUGUAUUUAAAUAAAGAUACAGAUAUAACAAUCAUAUGGUUUGAUGAUAAUUUAGACAUUGUCAUACGCGAACAAAUCGAACAUUUACAUGAUAAGAUUAUCAUUUGUUUGACAAAUGAUCACGUAACGACGUCGAUGGACAAAACUAAAAAUAAUAAAAUUAUUCUUAUUGUUAGUGGUCAAUAUUCACGUCAAACAUUGACACUGUUCCAUAAUAAUCCAAAAAUCAUUUCAUUUUACAUAUUUUACCUUAAUAGAAAUUGUACGAAGAUUUGUAUUAGAAAACAAUUGUGUCGGCUAUUAACGCGUUUGCCAACAUUUAAAUUGUUUGAAAAACCAAAUAUACCAAUCGAUAAUUCUCAAUGUGAGCCGGCUGCGUAUUUAUGGUAUAUCCUUAAAGAUGCAUUGAUGGAAAUGGAAACAGAAAGGAAAACAGACGCAGCUAAACAAGAAAUGGUUAAUUAUUGUCGCACAUAUUAUCAUUCUUGUACUCAAUAUUUAAGGCAAAUAGAUGAAUUUGAAGAAACCUAUACGUCGAUCGAUGCAGUUAGAUGUGCUAUGCAGGAAGAAGUAAAAAUUUUGUUUGAUCUUAGUGCAUUAUUUCAAAUUACUGAUGUUACAUUAGAUGGAAAUAAAUGGAUUAUAUCUUCAUAA